UAUAAAGUAGGAGUAUGAGUAUCACACAAACUGAAACAACUGAAAAACACACCUCAAUUUCUUCGACUCACUGCUUUUUGAUGAACCAUUUCUCAGUCUCAGAUGAUCAACUAAAUCUAGCUUCCAACAGCCCCAAGAAGCGGGCCGGCCGGAAGAAGUUCCGAGAGACACGCCACCCAGUCUACCGCGGCGUGCGUCGCCGUGACUCCGGAAAGUGGGUCUGCGAGCUCAGAGAGCCCAACAAGAAGUCAAGAAUCUGGCUCGGGACCUUCGCCACCGCCGAGAUGGCCGCCCGUGCUCACGACGUUGCAGCGAUCGCCUUGAGAGGGCGGUCGGCUUGCCUCAACUUCGCGGACUCCACCUGGCGGCUGCCGGUUCCGGCAUCGUUGAGUGCUCAGGACAUUCGGAAGGCGGCAAUGGAGGCAGCUGAGGCGUGCUGCUCUGAUCAGCCGGCUGAGGUGGCCAGUGAAGCGUCUGCGGAGCAGCCGUGGCUUAUGUAUGAUGAUGAGGAGCAAGUGUUUGGGAUGCAUGGAUUGGUGGCGGAUAUGGCUGAGGGGCUGAUGCUGCCGCCGCCGCCUCCUCCUCCUAUCUACUAUCAUGACGUGGAAUUCGGUGCUGAUGUGGCACUCUGGAGUUAUUCUUUCUAGUAGCAAUGUAGCAUAGCCAUAUUUGCGUAUCAUGGUGUGUUUGAUUAGGUAAUAUUAUUAGAAUUCGCACUCCACUUUUUUUCUGGAAAGUACUUACAAAUGUAAAAAGUGAUCACAAAUAAGACCAAUUUAAGGAAUCCAUGGUUCAUUCCUAUUUUUUGAAA